CACUCCCCUUCAAUCUUUCUCUCUCUUUUCUCUCUCUCUCUCUCUCUCUCUCUCUCCACCCCCACAUUUCCAUUGUAGCAGUCCCCCACAAGAUCAAGAGAAGAAGCUCACCAACCAGCUCCAUCACAAACCCUAGCAAAGAGAAGGAAAAAAAAAAGAAGCAAGAGAGAUCCCUUCUGGGAUCUCAACACACAGGAACCCCAAAAAAUGGCUGGUUUUGUGGGCGUUUUGGUCUCAGAUCCUUGGCUCCAGAACCAGUUCACCCAAGUAGAGCUCCGCUCCCUCAAAUCCAAGUUUACGUCGAUGAAAGAUCACGGUAGUAGCAAAGCCGACGGCGGUCUGAAGCUCCGCGACCUUGCGUCUGCGAUGUCCGGAUUGAAGAUCGUCGGCGACGGCCUCACGGAGGACGAGAGGGAUUGUUUUAUCAGAGAGUCUCACUCCAAUCUCGACGACGCCGUCGAUUUCGAGCUCUUCCUGCGGGUUUAUUUGAAGAUGCAGGGCCGGAUCGGCGCGAAGAGCUCGUCGUCGGCCUUCCUCAAGGCCGCGACGACGACUCUGCUCCACACCAUCAGUGAGUCGGAAAAGGCCUCUUAUGUAAACCAUAUCAAUAACUAUCUCGGCGAAGAUGCGUUUCUUAAGAAGUAUCUUCCUAUCGAUCCCAUGACCAAUGAUCUCUUCGAGAUCUCAAAGGAUGGUGUCCUUCUAUGUAAACUCAUCAAUGUGGCUGUUCCGGGGACCAUCGACGAGCGGGCGAUCAACACAAAGAGAGUGCUGAACCCAUGGGAGAAGAACGAGAACCAUACGCUGUGCCUUAACUCAGCUAAGGCGAUCGGGUGUACGCUGGUCAAUAUCGGCACACAAGAUCUAGCUGAAGGGAGGCCUCAUCUUGUCCUUGGGUUGAUAUCUCAAAUUAUUAAGAUACAACUUUUGGCAGAUGUUAACCUGAAGAAAACGCCUCAAUUAGUUGAAUUGGUUGGUGAUAGCAAGGAUGUUGAGGAGUUGCUGAGCUUAUCUCCCGAAAAGAUUUUACUCAGGUGGAUGAACUUUCAACUGAAGAAAGGUGGCUUGCGGAGGCUCGUAACGAAUUUCUCAUCAGAUGUGAAGGAUUCAGAGGCUUAUUCUUGUCUGCUCAAUGUUCUGGCACCUGAACAUGCUAGUAAACCAUCUCCCAUGGAUGUGAAAGAUCUUCUUGCAAGGGCAAAGUUAGUUCUUGAACAUGCAGAUAGGAUGGGCUGCAAAAGAUAUCUGACCCCAAGAGAUAUUGUUGACGGCUUGCCAAAUCUCAAUCUUGCCUUUGUUGCUCAUAUAUUUCAGAAAAGGAAUGGAUUAUCAGCGCAAAUGAAACAAGUAUCUUUUCUGGAAACAUCACUUGACGAUGCACAAGUUUCAAGGGAUGAAAGAGCCUUUCGACUAUGGCUCAACAGUCUUGGAAUUUCAACCUAUAUUAACAAUGUAUUUGAAGAUCUUAGAAAUGGAUGGAUUCUCCUAGAGGCUAUCGAUAAGGUAGCUCCUGGAAUAGUUAACUGGAAGAUCGCGAAUAAACCCCCAAUCAAGAUGCCAUUUAGAAAAGUGGAAAACUGUAACCAAGUUGUGAAAAUUGGGAAACAGCUGAAGUUUUCCUUGGUUAAUGUUGCCGGGAAUGAUAUUGUGCAAGGAAAUAAGAAACUAAUCCUGGCUUUUCUGUGGCAACUGAUGCGGUAUAAUAUCCUGCAACUUCUUAAAAACCUGAGAUUUCAUUCCCAUGAGAAAGAGAUAACGGACGCAGACAUAUUGAGCUGGGCCAACAGUAAAGUAAAGAGCUCUGGAAAGCACUCUCGAAUGGACAGUUUUAAGGAUAGAAGCCUCUCUAGUGGGAUUUUUUUUCUCGAUUUGCUCAGUGCUGUGGAGCCUCGAGUUGUGAACUGUAGCCUUGUAACUAAAGGAGAGAAAGAUGAAGAGAAAAAGAUGAACGCUUCUUAUAUUAUCUCAGUAGCAAGGAAGCUUGGUUGCUCCAUAUUUUUGCUUCCGGAAGACAUUUUGGAGGUGAACCAAAAGAUGAUACUUACGCUAACAGCAACCAUCAUGUACUGGCACUUGAAAAGGCCGACAAAUGAAGAAAGAUUUGUGGCGUCUGAUGGCGAAAAUGGGAGCUCAUCUGAAACAAUCUCGAAUUCGACGUUAGAUGACUCCGCAUCCGAGUCGUCUACAGAUGACGGCGGAAGCAGAUGAAGUGAUGACUGCAAUCUGACCCAUAUUUUUGUUGCUUGUUUCAGUUUGACUCAUUUGUUGGAAGUUCAAAAUAGUGUAAGCAAUGUACUGUAAUGGACUUUGACAUGCUGUGGAUUGUUUCGCGUGCACUGAUCAGAUGAAAACCCUAAUGCUUUUAUGAAUGUAAAUACCGACAUAAAGAUGCCCUGUAAUUCUUUGUGGUUCUCAACUUCCAUAUUUUGGUUCUGACGGAAUA